CAGACAAUUCUCUAACCAUGCAAGUUCUGUUCAUCCUUCUAUCAGUGACAAUUUCUUUAUCACUUGGUGGUAAACUUCCGUUCGGUGGAACCAAAAAUUUCAAUAUACAGCAACGCAUUUAUAACGGAGAAGAUGCCCAAAAAGGACAAUUUCCAUACAUUGUGUCGUUGAGCAUCAGUCUGAGCGAUGAUAAUGGUGCCUUGUGUGGUGGCUCCAUUAUUGAUCACACCUGGAUUUUGACUGCCGCUCAUUGCACACACAAGGCCAAAUCGAUUAAAAUCUUCUAUGGUUCCACGAAAGUUGCUCAGGGUGAAUUUAGCCAUGAAGUCAAUACCGAUAACAUUAUUGAGCAUGAGCACUACGAUGAUGACACGCUCGAGAAUGAUUUGGCCCUCAUUCGUACACCGCAUGUGGAUUACUCCGAGCUGGUUAAUAAAGUGUCGCUUGCCGAUCGCGAUAAUGACUACGAAGGAGCGUGGGCCGUAGCCAGUGGCUGGGGAGAAACCUAUGACAAUAGUGCAACACCAGAGAAUCUGCAGUUUGCCGACUUACAGAUAAAGAGCAAAAAGGAUUGCUGGGAUGCAAUUGGCCGUGAAUCGGAUAACAUUCUCUGUGUCAGUACAUCGGAAGGCAAAACCAUUGGCAGCGGCGACUCUGGCGGCCCAUUGGUCACCCAUGAUGAUCCCAAACUCGUUGGUGUCAGUUCUUUUUCACUCGAAGCUGACGAAAUUCUUCCAGCUGGAUUCAGUCGAGUUAGCGCUAAUCUGGAUUGGAUUCGUGAGCACACUGGCCUAGAAUAGAUGUACGCAAUGCUCUCAUACAGUGCACCAAACCUAGCACUAAAGCGAUAUAUUAUUAAUUGGAUGUACAAAAUUUGUAAUAAAAUGAUAUCGCAAAAUAUGUUGAUGAAGAGCAAAA